CAUGUUUUAAAAUUAAACCCACUUCAACCGCCGAUCUGAGCACAGUUCCAACUCUCAAAAUGUGGACAGCAGUCUUGUUUACACUUAUUGCAACGGCUUGGGCUCAGUCAGACUCAGAAUCACGUCCGAUCACUUUCCAAACGGCUCCUCAAUGUGACUGCAGUGCCAUCCAAACCAAACUGGAUCAGCAGGACCAGCGUGUUUUAUUCAUGUUCAAUCUGCUGCAGAAUGGCCACUCUAAGGCGCUGGAUAAGCUGGAUCAUCGUGUUACACAAAUGUUAGAUCAGCUGCAGAAUGCUCACGCUACUGAGCUAAAUCAGCUGAAGCUUAGUAUCUCGGAAAUGUUCGAUCUACAGCAGAGCAAAACAGAAUCCAUCCAUAAUGACUACUUUACGAAGAUGGAUAAGGUGGAACAUCGAGUUUUACGAAUGGUCUCUCAUCACCAGAAGGAAACGGAAUCCAUUUUUUCGGGGCUGAUGCAAAUCAUUGAGAAUGAUGACGGCAAAGACCUAGUCCAGGAUAAUUUGACAGAACAAUCAGUCAGUCAGGCAGUUUCGGAUAGACAUUUGUCAGUCGUGAACAAUGUGAAAGUUCAGUACGUAGACACUCCAUUCGGAUCGAAUUGGAUUGUUAUUUUACAGCGUACCAAUGGUUCGGUGUGUUUCGCUCGACCUUGGAAAGAAUAUCGCAAUGGGUUCGGAACGGUGGGAAGGGAAUACUGGUUCGGGUUGGAGAAUAUGCAUCAACUGACCAAGGAUACACCGUACGAGCUUGUAGUUGAAAUGACAGCCUUGAAUAGUGACGAAAAACGCUACGCUAGGUACGAUCGGUUUGAGAUUGGAUCUGAAGACCAACAAUAUCCACUCGUGAAAUUGGGAUUACACAGUGGAUCGGCUGGAGAUGGAUUAUCCCAUCACAGAUUUGUGAGCUUUUCAACAUACGACAGUGGGGCGUACAGCAAGACUUCAAACAGCUAUGGCUGUGGGGGAUGGUGGUUUGAUGGUUCUUUUGAUUCGUAUCUCACGGGUGAAUGGGGCGCCACAUCAUGGUCGGGAAUAUGGUGGGGAAAGUUCAAGACGGGAGAAAGCUGGACUAGUUUGAAGACCGUUCGAAUGAUGAUUCGAGCUAUUUGAACGGUUGCUAUUUUUAUUAUGAUUUUGUAAUUUCA